AUGGCGAGCGCAAAGCAGCAGGAGAAUAUGCUCCUUACCGAGCACUUUACUUGGCCCCCGAUUUCCCUAAUCGACGACAUCAUCAACGCCGUUAACGAAGUCCUCUACCGCUGUACCGACUCCUUCGAAACCGGCCUCUCAUCCGCGGACCCAGCCCUACUCGGCUUCGCAGACCUCUACGCCUCACAAGGUCGCACACCGCAGAAAGAUGAAGACGGCAACAAUGUGUAUCCCGAGGCGCGACUGGAGAUUGAAGAAGGAGUCCUGAAACUCGAGACACUCAUGGAAAAUGCCGUAGACAAGAACUUUGACAAGUUGGAAAUUUGGACACUGAGAAACGUGUUUGCGCUUGGAAGAGGAAAAGGCGAAGAUGAAGGACUAGGAGAUUGGGUGAGAUUAGGACAUUACGAAAACCUCCAACCCCCCUCCAAAGACAGCACCCUAACCCCCGAAUCCCUCUACACCCUCCGCCGCAAACUCCUCGAAACACGCACACUGCACGCCGCCCUCGUCGCCGAAAAAACCCGCAACGAAGCGCAAAUCGCACGCCUAAAAUCCCUCCUUCACCCCCCUUCUCCCACAGCCCCCAAGCGCGAAACACGCAGCUCAACGACAGUCACAGAAACACCAAGCAACAACACCGACAACACCGCACCUUUUGCUUUCCUCUCCUCCACCCCCGCAGCACAAGCCCUAGGCAUCCAAACUACACCCCCAACAAGCGAUAAAGCCGCAACCACUUCCCCGCCACUAACCACACAUACCACAUUCACAACAACACAACUCCCCUACCUGCGCCAACUCGUUGCAUCGCUGAAACCCCAUCUCGCAUCUACCACCUCGCCCUCCUCCGCAGCAGUAGCACAAGACGCAUCACAAGACCGCAGCGCCCAGCGUCGACUCUACGUCGAAUCUCAAGCUAAGCGGGUGCUGGAGCGGAGGGGAGUGGAUACGAAGGAUGGGGUGGAAGGGGCGUGGGAGGUUGGUGGGACGAGGGUUAGGGGCGAGGAAGUUAGGGGGUUGGAGGGGUUGUUUCCAGGGAAGGGGAAGGAAGAGGAGGGGGAUAAGAUGGAUUUGAGUUGA